AUGAGUGGAAAAAUGAUGAUUUACAAGCUGGUGGUGCUGGGAGAUGGUGGUGUCGGCAAGACAGCAUUGACUAUUCAGCUGUGUCUCAACCACUUUGUGGAGACAUACGACCCGACGAUUGAGGAUUCCUAUCGCAAGCAGACAGUGAUCGAUGGACAACCCUGCAUGCUCGAAGUACUAGAUACAGCAGGACAAGAGGAGUACACAGCGUUGAGGGAUCAGUGGAUUCGAGAGGGGGAAGGGUUUUUGCUCGUCUACAGCAUCGCUGCACGAGCAACGUUUGAGCGAGUUGAGCGGUUUCGGGCGCAAAUCUCUCGGGUGAAGGAUCAGGAGCCAUCAACUGUGCCAAUCAUGCUUGUCGGCAACAAGUGUGACAAAGUCAACGAGAGGGAAGUGUCGCGAGAGGAAGGGCAAGCACUGGCAAAUCGACUUGGCUGCAAAUUCGUCGAAUCGAGCGCAAAGACUUGCGUUAAUGUCGAGAAGGCGUACUUUACCGUCGUGCGGCAGAUUCGCGAGCAACGAGGAGAGACAAUCAAGGCGAACACAAAGUCAAAGAAGAGCAAGAAAUGCAACAUCCUAUGA